AAACUCAAAAGACAAGGGGUCUCUAGCACGUGAAGUAAUGGCGCUUUUUUCUCACUAUUCCAUGGGUCCUUAUGUGGCUUCCAGUUUAGCGAAAUGGUUUCAUUCUGCGCCACAUGAAGACCUAGAUUUCUCAGAAACCACCACCAUAUUUUCUCCGGGCGAUAAAUUGUACAGAGAGGCGCUUUUUGUCAUCGCAUUGUGUAUAGCUUGUGUUGGUGCUGUGAAGCUCAUUUUGAUGGUGUUGUACUACACCUGCUGUUUCUGUAUAAGCCGAACAAGGAAGAGAAAAAAGCAAAAGGAUUUUUGCUGCUGUAAAAAACGAGCUUUACAAGUGGAAAUCUUUAUCUUAGCGCUUAUUUGCAGUGCUGCAAUUGUAAUUGGAUUUACCUUCAAUGGAAAAACCAGUGAUGGAGUUCAUCAGUUCCGCAAAUCUGUCAAUGAUUUGCGAAGUGAUAUUUCUAUUGCCGCCAACAAAGGAAACAAGAUGGUCUCUACUUUGUCUGAAACUAUCGAUUAUAUAAAUGAGCUGAAGAGUUAUCCUUACCAUUAUCCAGCCGCCGAGAAAGCUUUCAUUGACUGUACAACCUUGCAUAAAAAUCUCCUGUCUGUCGAUCAGCUGUUGCCGAUGACUGUUGUUAAUGAAAGUUGUACUGUUGGCAAAAAGUUUCACCAUUUUGAUAAUUUUAGAUGGUUGACAACAGUGGUGUUGUUGUCUUGGUCUAUACUUUUGUGCAUCUUCUUGUUCUGGCUUAGUUGUCACGUCAACGGUUGCAUUAUUUUCUUGGCAUCAAUAUUUUGUCUUAUGUCAGUUUUGUUUUUCUGGUCUGCUACUGGUGUAAAUGUUGGCAUAGCAACGGGAAUUGGUGAUUUUUGUGUUCAUCCGAAGGAAUCUGUUGAAACAAUCAGUGGAGCCAACCAAUUGGUCGUCUCCUACUACAUGGACUGUAACAACUCAACCAAUCCAUUUGAAGGGAACCUGAGUGAUGUCAGGUACAUUUUACAACACGUGAUCUACUUGAUUGGUAACAUUCCUGAUUCGUCUUUACAUGUAAAGAAUCUGAAAUCGUCCAUUUUGAAUAAUCUGAUUGAUGUAUCGUACAAUUUUCCUCUGUAUGAAGCAAGUUUUACUUGUUUCAAGAUUCAUCAGAAAUACAUGAACGCAAUGGAAGGCAUUUGUGAGAAAUCUUUAAACAGCCUUGGGAUUUUAACAAUAUGUCUUGUUGUUCUUGCGUUUGUAUCUGGUCUGUUGACGUGUUGUACUUGCUCCAUGUGGGAUCAUCGUAAAGACCGUCCCGUCAUGUUCAGUGAUAAAGAAGAUUCACCCGAGAGUGUCAAAGAAGCGGCUUUGUGGUGGCCUCGUGAUGUUGAUUACGAAUCUGAUGAAAUAUAUGAUGAACCGCAAAGGGAAGACACUCAAAACAAUGAAAGAACGCCUUUAAUGAUUUCAUCAGUUUACAGAAGUGUACAUGAACAAGAGACUCCAACUCAUCCUCAGAAUAACGUAAAUGCGAUACACGUCAACUACCACGGCCAUGGUGGAGCGCCUUCAUAUAAUUGUAACGUCGAAGGGAGCAGUAGUUUUUAGAACUUUUUCAUGUCACGUGACGUUUUAGAAUUUAGUUUGACCAGAGAAGGUUAUAUCUGUAUACGUUGCUAAGAGAUGAAGCAUUGUGGGUAUGGGAGGUGAUCUUGACUUCCAAUUACAUGACAAUGAUUUCCAAGAAUUGGCAACUCUUGGUAAUAAGUCAGUCACAGUCCACGGACCGCGCACUAUUGAUAAAUGAGGGGGCUGGGGCAAUAUUCAUAAGUUCAUGUUCUACUUUAAUAAUUAUCAAUUGUGGUUAAAAAUCACGAAUAUAUGAAUAUGUACCCCCUUCCCCUCAUGUAUCGAUUUUGCGCAGCAUCUGCAGUGAACUGUUAUAUCAACUGAAAUAAUAAUUCCAUAAAACGCUCUUUGAUUAGAUGGGCGCUCUGCAAACGCCUGGGAACAUCUGCAGUACUGAUAAAAUAUAACAAUUUGGAUGAGAUACAUGAUACAACGUUCAAAUUCAUAUAUAGGUCAGUGAGACAACUCGGGAAAGAGUGAUUUUCACACUGAAUCAAACACAACCAGUUUCAUCCAGGUUUACCGAGUUGCGUUAUUGUUUAUUCUUAAAUUUAGUCCUGCUUUGUACAAUGUUCUGUGUUCACUUUUUGCAAAUUAUCUAUAAAAAUAAAGAAUAAUGUGUGCAAA